GUGGCAAUCACACGUUGGCUCUUUUCAACUAACCAUAAAGACAUCGGCACCCUUUAUCUAGUAUUUGGCGCUUGGGCCGGUAUGGUGGGAACAGCCUUAAGCCUCUUAAUUCGAGCCGAACUAAGUCAACCUGGCACCCUCCUAGGUGAUGACCAAAUCUACAAUGUGAUCGUCACAGCUCAUGCCUUUGUAAUAAUUUUUUUUAUAGUUAUACCAAUUAUAAUUGGCGGCUUUGGUAACUGACUAAUCCCACUAAUAAUUGGCGCCCCUGACAUAGCCUUUCCCCGGAUGAAUAACAUGAGCUUUUGACUCCUUCCCCCCUCAUUUCUUCUUCUCCUAGCAUCCUCUGGGGUUGAAGCAGGAGCUGGAACGGGGUGAACUGUUUAUCCCCCUCUUGCAAGUAAUUUAGCGCACGCUGGACCCUCCGUGGACUUGACUAUUUUUUCACUCCAUCUGGCUGGUAUUUCCUCCAUUCUGGGGGCAAUCAACUUUAUCACCACUAUAAUCAACAUAAAACCCCCCGCAGCAUCUCAAUACCAAACACCCCUGUUUGUCUGAGCAGUUCUAAUUACAGCUGUACUCCUGCUUCUUUCCCUCCCCGUCCUUGCCGCAGGUAUUACCAUGCUUCUAACAGAUCGAAAUCUUAACACCACCUUCUUUGACCCUGCAGGUGGAGGAGACCCAAUCCUCUACCAACACCUAUUCUGGUUCUUUGGACACCCAGAAGUGUACAUUCUAAUCCUUCCCGGCUUUGGAAUGAUCUCACACAUUGUAGCCUACUACGCCGGUAAAAAAGAACCUUUUGGUUACAUGGGGAUAGUGUGGGCUAUAAUGGCCAUUGGGCUUCUGGGCUUUAUCGUCUGGGCCCACCACAUGUUCACAGUCGGAAUAGACGUUGAUACUCGCGCUUACUUCACAUCCGCCACAAUAAUUAUUGCCAUCCCCACCGGAGUUAAAGUUUUUAGCUGAUUAGCAACCCUUCACGGCGGAGCCCUAAAAUGAGAAACCCCCCUCCUCUGAGCUCUCGGUUUUAUCUUCCUCUUUACAGUAGGAGGACUAACGGGGAUUGUCUUGGCAAACUCAUCCCUGGAUAUUGUCCUCCACGACACCUACUACGUAGUAGCCCAUUUUCACUAUGUUCUUUCGAUAGGAGCUGUCUUUGCCAUUCUCGCAGGAUUUGUACACUGAUUUCCACUGUUCUCUGGCUACUCACUCCACAGCGCCUGGACAAAAAUCCACUUCGGAAUUAUAUUUAUUGGGGUUAAUCUCACCUUCUUCCCACAACACUUCCUUGGGCUAGCAGGCAUGCCCCGACGAUACUCUGACUACCCAGACGCCUACACGCUAUGAAACACAAUUUCUUCGAUUGGCUCACUAAUUUCUCUCGUGGCAGUAAUUGUAUUCCUCUUCAUUAUUUGAGAGGCCUUCACAGCAAAACGUGAAGUCCUUUCAACCCACUUGGUUACAACCAACGUUGAGUGACUUCACGGAUGCCCACCCCCUUACCACACAUUUGAAGAGCCUGCAUUCGUUCAAGUACAACACACCACCAAGUAA